UCGGCCGCGGCUGAGCUGCGCCGGCGUGGCGUGAGCGGUGGCUCUCGGAGGCUGGCGGAGCGGCCGCCGCGCCGGAAUCCGGAAGCAGAUAGGCCGCGCUGACCUUGGCGGCGCCGGGUCGCAGCCUGCAGCCCGCGGUCGGAGCCGAUGGCGGCUCGCGCUGCUGUCAGCCUGAGCAGGUGCGCGCGAGCGCGGGGCCCCGGCGUCCUCGAGGCGGCCCCGCGCGGCGUCCUGCCGGGCUCCGGCUCCUGCGCUGCGGGCCGGACGCUGCACCUCACCUCGGAGGCCCCCGCCGGGCACAAUAAGUGGUCCAAAGUGCGGCACAUCAAGGGUCCCAAGGACGCCGAAAGAAGUCGCAUUUUCUCUAAGCUUAGUCUCAGCAUCCGCCUGGCCGUCAAAGAGGGAGGCCCUAAUCCGGAGCUCAACAGCAAUUUGCUGAACAUCUUAGAGGUGUGUCGCAGCAAGCACAUGCCCAAGUCGACAAUUGAAGCAGCGUUGAAGAUGGAGAAAACUAAGGACAUUUAUUUGCUGUAUGAGGGUCGAGGUCCUGGUGGCUCUUCUCUGCUCAUUGAGGCCUUAUCUAACAGUGGCUUCAAGUGCCAGUCAGACAUUAGACAUAUCCUGAACAAGAAUGGGGGAAUGAUGACCGAAGGAGCACGUCACUGCUUUGACAAAAAGGGGGUAGUCACGGUGGGAGUGGAGGACAAAGAGAAGAAAGCUGUGGGCCUAGAGCGUGCACUGGAGCUGGCAUUUGCAGCAGGAGCCGAGGAUGUCCAGGAAGAUGAGGAUGAAGACAAGAACUUUUUAAAAUUUAUCUGUGAUAGCUCUUCGCUGCAUCAAGUAAGGAAGAAGCUAGACUCCUUGGGCCUGUGUUCGGUGUCCUGCACGCUGGAGUUCAUCCCCCACUCGAAGGUGAAGCUGGCUGACGCUGACCUCAAGCAGGCUGCUCAUCUCAUCCAGGCUCUUGUCAGCUAUGAAGAUGUGAUUCGUGUGUAUGACAAUAUUGAGUGACAGAUGGUGUGCCCCUGGGCUCCUGGGCAGCUUUUGGGCCAUCCUAGAGCACAGGCUUGCUUCCACAGCAGUCUCUGAGAGGGAGACAGGUAGGAAGCAUGGUAGACUAGCCCUGAG